UGAUUGGCUCCUGGGACGAGUGGGGGUGUGCAUCUCUGAUAACCACGUGUAUCCAAUUUCAAAUUAGUUCAAAAUCUUGUUCGGAGCAGGUUCGGAGCCGUGCGUCAGCUGCUGUCCUUUACCUCGUUAUUUCAAAGUCAACAACUCCAUCGUCCCUCUGUGAGCGCUGUGCCACACAAGACCCGAAGUUUCCUCCGAAAAAAAGCUAGAAUGAGCGACUUGUCUUGGGGACUUUUUAAUCACUUGGAGUCUGACAGCGACAGUUUCCAGUACUGGAAUGGCAACAUAGAACUGCCGGAGACGGUCAGAGAGAUGAUCAAGCACAAGGCAGCUGGGUCCUCCUUGCCGGCCCCCGAAGCUCCGAACCCGGAGUCUGAUGGCCUGUUUGGGGCCAUCAUGCCGGUGCGCAUUAACGCAGGUAGCCAACGUGGCGCCAAUGGGACAGACUUCUCGCUGUUUGGAUCUGCUUCUCUUCCACCACCUGAUGGGUCGGGGUACUCCACAAACUCCUAUCGUGCUAUUGGGGCAGACUUCUCGCCGUUUGGCUCUGCGUCGCGUCCACCACCUGAUGGGUUGGAUUACUCCACAGACCGCUAUCGUGCUGGUUCUCCAGACGCUAUGGAUCCAAGGGUAGUUCAAAGACAGAUGGGCUCCCGGGGACCAAAAGACCGAAAGAAAUCCCCUCAUUUGAAAACGCAGACUUCACCAUUGUCACCUGGGUUGCCUGCGCGCAUGUCUUGCAGUUUCUGCCGGAACAACGACGAGUCCGAGUUGGUGUGCACAUCCCACUGGCUGAAGAACCAGGUCGGAGAUGUUCUGUGUCCCUACCUGCAGCAGUACGUGUGUACCCUGUGCGGAGCCACGGGGGCCAAAGCCCACACCAAGCGCUUCUGCCCGUUAGUGGACAGAGCGUACGACUCCGUGUACAAGACGUGCAGACGCUGAACUAACAGGUAGCAAUAAGAUUUAGAAGGCUGAAUGUUCUUUCAUGUUAUCUUUUAAUUUGUUUUGGUGUGUUAGUUUUGUGAAGUAUUUCAAGAACGUCAACAAUAUAUUAAGCUAAAAUACAUAAUGUAAAAUGUAUGUUUAUUUGACAUAUUUUAAAACGUGGCUAAUCAUGUUCAGCUUCAUAUCCCCUGUUCUUGGAUUUAAGCUAUAGAUAUAGCAACAUCAUGUUUCCAUGUCAAGAUUUUAACAUUUUAAAGAAAUGAAUGACUUAUUCUGAGGUGAACCUGUCCCCUAGCUGUGUUUUUAUUUUUAUUUUGAAUGAUGUACCUGUGGCUCUUCAGCUCAGUGUUAAAAAUGGUGUGAAUAUUAAUGUAUGCCAGAAAAUAUAAAUAUGUAAA